AUGCAGGAAAAUAAGGCUGUAUGCACUGUAAAUCAAGCGAACAAUCAUCUCGUCUUCCUCGGCCUUCACUCCGAUAUCGAUCCCUACCACCGUCGACUGCUACACCACUGGACCGAAUGUCUAUCCGGCUUUAUCACGGCGUCUACGUGGCCUGGAGACGUAAAUCCUCUCCAAAUCCACCUCGGUGGCACAGUGUUUGUCCCUGGCGCUUUGCAGUCUAUCGUACUGUCGAUGUCCGCUCGCCAUUUGGCUCUGCUUACAGCUGAUGGUUCCCAUGCUCUGACAGCCUACCGACAUCAGCAAAACGCCAUCAGUCAAUUACAACAGCUUAUCCAACAUCCUGUCUACUGCUAUUCAGAGACGACUCUCGCCGCUGUCAUGAUGAUGUUGGUAUAUUCCCGUCUCUUCGCAGAGGCCGAGGGCGUCUCUUCCGCACAUAACCAUCUUCUCGGAGCCAAGGCAGUUAUUGCACGAGGCUCAGAAUCUGGAUCCCCGUCAUCCUCGUCUACUAGGCGGUUCCUAAUAAGUUUAUUUGCAUACCAUGAUAUUCUCUCCUCUAUAUCACGCUGUGCGAAGCCUUUUAUGGAGUAUGCGCCGGACAUAUCUACUAUCGAAGACGCAGCAUCUCUCCUCCGAAUUUCAAUGGUGCUCCAUCUUGUAGCACGCAUCAGCCUAGUACAUGAUAUGAAGACGGCCAAAGGGAUCGCACGUUCCAGAGAUUUUGGCCCUAGUGAUGACCCUGACUUUCUUGCUGCCGCGAUCGAGAGAGGCCUUUUAGAUCUGGAAUACCCUAUAGAAGGUCAUUCUGAUCGAACACCCCACAUUGAGUACACCGCACAAGCUUAUCGCCACGCAGCUUUGGUGUAUCUCUAUCGUGUUUGGCACAAUGUUGGCGCGCCACAUCCGACUACAUUAGAUCACGUCCAUCAUUGUCUCAGUUUCCUCUCCCAGGUCCCGACAGCUUCCCCACUUGUCUCUGCCCACACCUGGCCACUAUUUACCGCUGGGUGUGAGUCAAUUCUACCAGCUCAGAGGCAAUUCGUUCGGUCCCGGCUAGAUGACAUGUUCGUCGCCCGUCGAUUUCCCUCUCUGAAGAACCUGAAGAGCGAUAUUGAGAAUGUUUGGAGAAGAAAAGAUGCGGCUCAUGAAACGUCAGGGCUGGACGGCAUGUCGCGGGUGGAUUGCAUCCAGGUUCUUCUGCAAGGCCACGGGAGAGAGGCCAAUCUAGCAUAA